AAUAUUUAUAUACUUUUUCAUUUCUAACCCAUCUCCUGUCAGUUGCCAGUGGCCGUAAUCCAUCUCCUCUCUCUCUCUCUCUCUCUUUCUCUCUCUCUCUAUUUGGUCCGUUUGCAUCAGCCAUUUUUCCUUGAAUUGCUUAGAUCCGAUUUCUCUCUCUCUCCCAGUCUCUUUCUCUAUUGCGUGUUCUGGCAUCAACAAUCAUCGAUUGAAUUCCGUAGAUCCGCAUCGCCAAACCCCACGCACCGACACCAAUCCGGAUCCAGGACCGAUCCGACAUUGUAUGGCAGCGUCACGGCGGCUCCGGGAGCUCCAAUCGCAAUCCGGAAACAAGAUCUGCGUCGAUUGCUCCCAAAAGAACCCCCAAUGGGCGUCGGUGUCGUACGGCAUAUUCAUGUGCCUCGAGUGCUCCGGCAAGCACCGGGGCCUCGGCGUCCACAUCUCCUUCGUCCGAUCGGUCACCAUGGAUUCCUGGUCCGAGAUCCAGCUCAAGAAGAUGGAGCUCGGAGGCAACGAGAAGUUCAAUAAUUUUGUCUCGCAGUACGGCGUCCCCAAGGAGACCGACAUUGUUGCCAAGUACAACACCAAGGCCGCCGCCGUCUACCGCGAUCGCAUCCAGGCGCUUGCCGAAGGCAAGCCCUGGCGCGAUCCUCCGGUGGUCAAAGAAUCGUUGAAUUCCAAUAAGAAUAGUUACAGUAGUAAGCCCCCUUUGAGCGGCAGGAAUGGUAAUUCCGGGGGCGAUGCGGGCUGGGAUAGUUGGGAUAGCUUCGACGACGGCGCGAAUAGUAAUAUCAGGAGGAAUAAUACGGUGGGAGAUUUUAGGAGCGGAGGAAGUGGCGGCAACGCGCCAUCGCGGUCCAAGUCGACGGACAACAUGUAUUCACGGGCGGAGUUAGAGGCGUCCGCGGCGAAUAAAGGGGAUUUCUUCGCGAGGAAGAUAUCGGAAAAUCAGUCGAGGCCGGAGGGGCUCCCGCCCUCACAAGGUGGCAAGUAUGUGGGUUUUGGAUCCAGUCCAUCGCCUGCCCCUAUGAAGAAUGCCGAUGGGGAUGUCCUUUCGGUUGUUUCUCAGGGAUUUGGCAUGUUAUCAAUGGUGGCUGCAUCAGCGGCCCAGUCGGCCGCGAAUGUUGUUCAAGCUGGAACUAAGGAGAUAUCCUCCAAGGUAAGAGAUGGGGGUUAUGAUCACAAGGUGAAUGAAACUGUCAAUGUUGUUACUGCAAAGACAUCGGAGAUAGGGCAGAAAACAUGGGGGAUUGUUAAAGGGGUAAUGGCUCUGGCCUCCCAGAAGGUUGAGGAGUAUACAAAAGAAGGCUCUGGCUCCGGCUCCGGCUCUGGCUGGCCGCGGAAUGAGAGUGAAAAUAAUGGUUAUUAUCAGGAUUUUGGGCAGGAGUCUAAGGGAUACAAUUCUUCUGUUGGUGUGCAAUCAUCAUCGAGUCAGCAAUUUAACUCUGUUAGCUCUGGUUCAUGGGAUGAUUGGGAUGCCAAAGACAGCAAGAAAGAGGAGUCACCAAAGGGGACGACCUUCCAGAACGGAGAUAGCUGGGCAGGCUGGGGGGAUGACGGUAAAGAUGAUGGAUUUGAUGAUUUUUAUCAGAGUGCACCUGAGAAGAAGUCAGUUGGUUAUAAUGGAAAAUCCGACAGCAAUUGGUCGGAGGGUGGGUUUAUAUGAGGUUAGAAUAUCUCAUUCCCUUCCUCCCCAUUUGUUUGAUUUUCCAGAUUAUUUCACUAUAAACCAUCUGUGGUGGGUUUGUGGAUGAAAGGAGGGUCUAAAAUUGUAAAACUUCCUGUAGUGGACCUGCGGCGCCCAAGAUACUGUAAGGACCACUUAUUUGUGUUGCGAAGACAACUUUUUUCCCAUUCUAAGAUUUAUUUUAGACUGCAUUAAGAUUUGCAUUUACGAUAGUUGGGUUUUGAUUAUAUAUUCUCUGUAUUUAUUAUGAUUUACACUAGCUACAUUGAAUUCUAUACAUCUUGUUUUCUUACUCAA